CACAAAUUGCACACGCAUGCCCUUUGCCAUCCCACAUGGCAUACAGUCGCCGUGGCCGAUUCUAGAGAUGGAAGUCUCAAAAAACAAUGGACACUGUCUACUUUCGAAAAACCAAACGCCGCCGAGUGGUGGAAUCUUCGUCCGAUGGCGAGGCCCCAGAGAAGGUGCCAGAAAAGGUGCCCGAAAAAAACAGUGAAAACGACCCAAGUACAGUCCAACCAACAUGUUCACAAGAGGCAAGUAUUCAUACUCAGGAUUGCAAGUUGUUUCAGCUCGCACCCGAUCCUGAAGACGUCCAUCCAAAUACUUCGAGGCCAGAAACGGUCCCAGGUGAGCAGGCUCCAAGCUUGGAGCGGCCUGCAGGGCCAGAGCGUACAGUCCAAGCAACAUGUGCACCAAAGGCAAAUAUUCCUUCUCCGGAUUGCAAGUUGUUUGAACUUGCGCCCAAGCCCGAGGACGUCCGUCGAGACACUUCAAAGCCAGAAGUGGUUUUAAGUGAGCAGGCUCUGAGCAUGGAGCGGCCUGCAGAGCCAGAGCCUGCAGGGCCGUCCGAGCCACAGGCACGACAGGCACUGGCGGCAGACACGGAGAUGCCAGUAAAUGAUAAAAAACGUGAUCACAAGGUGCUUCAUGCCGCGAGGGCAUGGUUGAAAGCGCCAGUGCGAAAAGCUGACCCGGCUAUGGCGGAACGAUAUGCAGCUUUGAGUGGGUUAACCAAGAAAGAAACCUCAGAAUUUGUGGAGGCCAAUCUAAACAGAAAGGCUGGUCAAUGGUGUUUCAGGGUCGUGGAUGAGCGUAUCAACGCUCGGAAAAGAGAGCAAGCAAGCAUCAUUGUGACCACUGCCGAGACUUUUCAGCCCCAACCUGGGGAAAGCUGCAGCGGUCCCGAAAAUGCUGUGGAGAAAGAGUCCGUCGUGGUUCACUCUGACAGCUCGAAACCAACUCCCGAUUUUCCUUUGAGACUGGAGCGCCCGAAAUCCACAUGUUUCACUUCGUCACCUGAAGUUCCUGAAGCGCCUGGGGCUGAUGCUGCCGAACCUUCCCAGUCCGAAGUACCUCAAGUGCCUUUGGUGCCACGGAAAGGUCGAGGCCGUGGCCGAGGGAGCCGUGGGCCUCGAAAACCCAAGUCGCCAGCUUUGCAGCCGGCCCCCGCGCCCGCGCCCGACGCGUUCGACGUGCCCGACGCCCCUGCGGCGCCGUUCUCGGAGCUCUCCUGCUUGGACGCGCCGAGCCCAUCCGGCCCUGCGCGGCGGAGAUUUGCACCCUUGCGGCCCGGCACGCGGAAGGGGCAGCCCACGCAUUGGGCCCCCCCAGCAGCCGUGGUGGAUCAACAACCGCAGCGCGGAGCUUGCCGCCACAGCAGUGUCAGCAAGAAAGGCUGUGCCAUGGUUUGCGAUGCAUGUGGUGAAGAACUCCUGUACGAUGGGUGGAAGUUGGAACACAUGGAUGAACUUGAUAUUUACAACCCAAUGACCUGAAGUGAAGGGAUUUUUCUACCCUUGCUCCCAUUGUUGUAGCUCCAUGGUGUCCGAAAGCUGGACCACCGGCCAAGUGGCAGGCAAAAA